ACACUCAGAAUGCCAGCUACCAAGAGAUUUCAGAGCAACUUAGGGACACAGAGUAGGUGGCAGGGAGGUGGCUAACCUGGCCACUCUCCCCAGUGGGCAGGGGCUUUACUGGGGCCCAGCUGGUGAGCAGUCCCUGCUACCAACUGGGUCACCUCAGCUCAGCCUAGGGCAAACAGGUGUAGGGAUAUAUCACUCUCUCCCAGCUUUUUUUUAACUCAAAUUGAAACUAAGAGGCCCGACUCAGGGCCUAGCAUUCAUUAAGGCUAGUGGCUGUUUUACAGUCACCAUGGAUCACCGCAGCCGCCCGAGAGGGGGCAUAGGCCUUAGUCGAGUCUCUGGGACUCAAAUCCGAGCCCCCAGGAUCCCAUUUCCGUUCCAUGUUGAGCAGGAGGCUAGGGAAGGAGAAGAAUGGGAGCGAGAGCUACCACGUCAGAGGCCUAUCAUCUAUGGACCUCCAGAAAGUGAAGAGCUACAGGAAACUGUUAUGAUUUCCAAGCCAGCACCAUAUUGGGAAGGAACAGCUGUGAUAAACGGAGAAUUCAAGGAGCUCAAACUGACUGACUAUCGUGGGAAAUACUUGGUUUUUUUCUUCUACCCACUCGAUUUCACCUUUGUGUGUCCAACUGAAAUCAUCGCUUUUGGUGACCGAAUUGAAGAAUUCAGAUCAAUAAAUACUGAAGUGGUGGCAUGCUCUGUCGACUCUCAGUUUACUCACUUGGCCUGGAUUAAUACCCCUCGAAGACAGGGAGGACUGGGGCCAAUAAGAAUUCCACUUCUUUCGGACCUGAACCAUCAGAUCUCAAAGGACUACGGUGUAUACCUUGAGGACUCAGGCCAUACUCUUAGAGGGCUCUUUAUUAUUGAUGACAAAGGAGUCCUAAGGCAGAUUACUCUGAAUGACCUCCCUGUGGGUAGAUCAGUGGACGAGACACUGCGUUUGGUUCAAGCAUUCCAAUACACUGACAAGCAUGGAGAAGUCUGCCCUGCUGGCUGGAAACCUGGUAGUGAAACAAUAAUCCCAGAUCCAGCUGGAAAACUGAAGUAUUUCGACAAACUGAACUGAAAAAUACUUCAGUUUUGAUGUUUGGACCUUCUCAAUAAAGGUCACUGUGUUACCA